CGAGAGAUGGGAUGCAAAAGCAUGGGCAUCAAACGUGCUUGAUACCCAGACCGAGACGGGAAAGAAACCAGUAGAGGGACCAACCAUGCAAAUGAGAGCGAGAGAAUUGGUCAGUGGUAGAGAGAGAGAGAGAAUAGGACAGGAAGGGGUUAUAGAAUCACAGCUCAAGUAAAAAGGAGACAUGAGUGCAGUAUCAAAACAAAAGGAGGUCUAGAGAGUGAAUUGAUGGAGGGGCUGCUGCGGCUGAGUCUACCCGGAGCGUGAGGAGCCUUCCUGGGCUUCGUCUGCGUCAUCCUCCCCCUGUCUCUCUCUGCCCUGGUCCCCCUAUACUCAUCCAUCACUUGACCUCUGCAGUGCAAGAGAGCAUCUGGACCCACACGACACCUCCCCCUAAUCCUCCACACUGAGUUGCCAGGGCAACCAUGGACGGACUACGCCUGCCACCAGUCAUCGAGGAGGUCAUGGACCCUGCAGAUGACAUAUGUGACCUGAAGGUGGAGAGGCCUGGCAUUGUGGACAAGCUGACGGCCAAAGAGAGGGAGUCCCUGGAGGAGAACGAUGAGAAGGAGGAGAAAGAGAAGGAGGUGGAGGUGGGGAACGGCGAGAAGGGCCAGCAGGAGGAGCAAGGAGAGGAGAAGGAGGUGAAAGUGGAGGAGGAUGAGGAGGAGGAGGAGGAGGAAGGAGGAAUGUUAGAGGAGGAUGACUUGGAGGAGUUGAGGUCCCAGGUGCUGCAGCUGGUGUUGGAGCUGGAGGAGGCCAGGGAUGUGUCUCAACGACAUGAAGAGAGCUUCAUGGAGCUACAGGGUCUGUUGGAAGAUGAGCGUCUGGCCAGUGCUCACCAGGCAGAGAGCUUUACCAGACAGAUCCAGAGACUGCAAGCUCAGCUGCGUUCGGUCCAGGAGGAGAUGGACUCUCUGGAGGAGGAGAAGGAGAGUGAGCUGGGGGAGGUGCAGGAGGAGCUGAGGUCUGCCCAGGAGGAGGUGCUGGUUCUGCAGCAGGCGGGGGAGGAGGCAGCAGCGGAGAGGGAGAAUGACAUCGCCUCCCUGCAGGAGGAGCUGUGUCGUCUGAGGGCCGAGCUGCAGCGUCUCCGCACCACGGCCCAAGAGUACGAGCUGGAGAUCACCACCCUGCGGGCUGAAAUCAGUAUGAAGAGCAUGAGGAGGGAGGGAGAGACUGACGGUGAGGUAAGCCAGCUGACGGCGGAGUGUCAUACGAUUUCAGACGAGUGUCAGACCCUGAAGGACGAAAACAAACAGCUGAGCCUCAAACUGCAGCAGCUACAGCGAGCCGGCUCCAAUGAUGUCUACCUAGCCUUGAGAGGGGAGGGGGAUGAGGACCAGAAGGAUGAGGGUGUUGGGCAGGAUGAGGAAUCAGUGAAGGCUAGAGGCUACAUGACCCUGUCUCAGACCCAGGGUGGGCAGACCCAGACUGGGCAAGGUGGGCGCUUGGUGGAUGCCUCCAUCCAGAAGAAUAUCUCGUUUGAUGGCAAGCCUAUCACCAACUGGAACGGGGGACCCUCUGAAGCCUUCUCCCUACGAGACCAGCUCAAACUGGCUGAAGAGAGGGCCUCGCAAGUACAGAGACAAUGUGAGGGGUUGAAGGGGGAGCUUGCGGACCUGCAGGGGCUGUUUGACUGCAGCCAGAAGGAGAGGGUUGAGCUGGAGCAGGAACUGCAUCACUAUAGGGCGGAGCUAGAGAGGCUUGGCGGCAAGAAGUCACAGAACUGCACUCCUCCGUCUGAGCCCCCUGUUCUCUCCAUCCCCUUCAUAGGAAUGAUUGUAAUAAUGGCCCUGAUAUGGUGCUGGUGGGAGGAGCUGGCGUCCUAGAGGGGACCAGGAGAGCGAGGGAGGCUGGAACCUGGUGGCGGUGGUUGCAGUGGCAGCGCUUGUAGUCCUGAUAGUCCCCAGUCUUUCUAGAGCAUUUACCUGAGGACUACACAGAAAGGAAGUCACUGUACAGGAAAUGACUGUGCCGGUUGCCCAUGGCAACACUGGGAAUGCCAUGCCCCUAUCUCAUGAUGCCCCUGUCAAAUCUCCUCCUCGAUGCAUCUUCCAAGGAGGACUACAUCGAAAACAUUUUCACCAGGAAAUACAACACAACAAGGAAGUAGUCCAAUACAUUACUCAAGGAGAAAUACAUAUACCUGUUUAAGCCACUCUAACGAUAAGGACUGCAAUAUCUUGUUUCUCUCUUUAAAGUCCUUCAGUUUGACUCAAUCGGUUUCCCUCUCUACUACUCUUCUCUCUGCACUUCUUUAGAUACACUUACGAGUUUAAGGGAACAGCAUUAUAUAAAGGUGACUGCCUCGGAGUUUGUGGCAGUACUGUGUCUGCAUGGGCGUCAAUGGAAAGACACAAUUUAGCACAGAACAUGUCUGACCAUUUAUUGAUUGAUUGGUUGAUGGUUUAUUGUUUGAUUGGUUGAUGGUUGAUUGGUUUAUUGUUUGAUUGGUUGAUGCUUGAUUGGUUUAUUUACAACCUGUAAAGGUUGAAUUGUGAAAAGCUCAUGCCUUAUUGUUUCCUUUGCACAUAUUGAGUCACUGAUAAGAUGUUUCUCUUUCUAAUGGGCAUGUGGUCUUUUCCCAGACCCUACCCCUCCUUUUGAAUCACUUUGAACAUUGCCAAUGCGAAUGUCUCUGCUACACUUUGCGUGUCUUUACGGCUCACAAUUGACUAUCUUAACACUUUUCCUUCUGUUUCUGUUGUGGCAUGCUCUUUUUACGUCUAAAUGAAGUUGUGUGGAGGAGGGUUUGAUUAUGUGAGUUUGAUGUAUUGGAUGUUUGUCUUCUUUGUAAAUGGUCCUUUCUCUCUCUCGUCUGCAUCUGUCACUCUCUCUCACUCUCUCUCACUCUCUCACUCUCUGCACUUUCUCUCACUCUCUCUCACUCUCUCACUCUCUGCACUUUCUCUCACUCUCUCUCUCACUCUCUGCACUUUCUCCUUAUUGGUUAUUGGUUAUAUCUGUAUGUGUAUGGAACCACAACCACUAUACACAUCUAUACAGAUGAACAAUACUAUCAUAAAUGCAACUUGGGUUAUUCAAUUUGACAGUCCAAAUGAUUUCCAGCUAGAUGUCUAUUUUUGUAGCCGUAGGAACAAUUUGUCCCCAAGACUGAGGAGUUAUUUAAUGACUGAUUCCACUGUGUUUGGUUCUGCUUAGAAACAGAACUUAACAAGGCUCGUUAUUUGAAACAGAGAGUUAUUUUUGUAAAUAGACAUUUGUGUUUAAAUGUUUUGCGUUCUUUUUUAAAAUAUUAAUCAUCGCACGCAUUCUGAAAAAUGACAAACAAUCAAUAUAGGCCACCAAAAUGAAAAGUGUAGCCAGUGAUGAAAUGUGGACCAUUGUAUUCCAAGAUGCGUAUUUUGGGUGUGUUCUCUUACCUAGUCUUUUCGUCUUGUACCGCUUACGUUCUAAUCGCUGAUAUCUAUGUUCUCUAACGAUGAUGCCCUUUUCUUUGUUGGCACGAAGCACACAGUUUAUUCACAGGUUCUGCAUGGGAACUUUUCAGUAUCGUUGCUGUAAACUUGACACAACACAUUCCAAUGAUAGAUUGACUUAACAACAGCGAGGUGACACUGUUGUCAUAGAGAAGACGUCUAACCUUUACUCUGCCGUUUCGGCACCUACGGAGUACACCGAGAAUACUUUUUGACUCUUACUCUACCUUUGGCAUGAUUUAGCUACCGUGUAAAUACAUAGCAAGGCAAAUCAUUUAAACUCCUUUGCGUGACCUGUGGAGCAAAAAGUCAUAAAUGCGCUUUGCAUUGGAGGUGGGACGGUUAUUUUAAAGUUAAAUGGUCUUUGUCCAAGAACACACAACAACUAUGACUGAGAGAGCAAUCUAACCAUAAAUGUUUUCUUUUCUAGAGGAUCGUUUGUGAGAAACGUGUACAGAAUGCAGUACGCGUUAUAGCUGGUGCCUGGAUUCGUAGUGUGCUGUCAUGACUGACAGUUAGUUGGCUUGUUUCAUAGAUGUAUGUAGGCGAGCUAAUUCGCUUAAUUCCGUGGGUGUGUAGGUGACAAGACAUUGAAAGCGUGCUUAGCCAAUAUUCUUCUGUAUUCCAAUAUCCCAUUGUAGAGUUAUAGCAUUAUAAAUAUGUAUAGGUAAUUACUGCUUCUAGUUUGUGCUAUGAAUCAAUCAAUUACUACUAUAAGUAUAUAAUAUUAGUCUCAAUACAUGUUUCCCAGUCAUAACUGUGUGAUGGGCAAUUGAACACUGAGGUGUACUGAAAAACAUGAAUGCUUAUAGGCUAUGCAUAGAAUAUUUUUUCCACAGUGCAGAGACAAUAUAAGACCUCAUUGGUAGGUAAAUGCAUGCUACAGUGUAUGUAAAAACGAUAUCUGUAGUUUUGUAACAAAAUGUGCUAUUUGUAUUGUGCUGUAAAUAGGAAAUAGUUUUUCACAGUUUAAUGACAUGGUUUGUUGAUUGAGAGCAGUUCUAGAUUGAGUAGAGGGUUCUUUUUGAAUUGACUGAACACAGCCAGUGCAUGAAUAGUGUAUAUGUGUGAGACAGUAACAUGUAUAGCUAUUGCAUGCUAGGCUUAGUAAACAACUUGCAUGCCUAUUGAUGGGUAGAUCUAGUUCCUGUAGUGACAGUCAUUUCAGCCAAUCCAUUGUGACUGUCUUCAUGCAUGACUAAUCAAAAUAAUUUGUGAUUUUUGUUCUAACUAUGUCAGUCUCUCUUAGUUGAUUUACUACUUUACUGGUUUGUCACUAUUAAUAUUAUCACUUUGGUUUCAUACAGUCCCUUCUAUUCUAUCGCACUCUACUCUAUUCUGCUUUUCUUCUUCAAUUGUCUGGUCUCUACAAUGUGUAUAGAUUGUUCGGGUAUUUAUCUUCACUUUUCUGCUGUGCUUCAAAUACUGUAAAAUCCACUGACAGUGUCCUUUUUUUUCUCUACCCUGCUUCUAUUCCAGCAUGGAAGCUUAAACAGUAAAGGAGAGACACAUUACGGAAACUAUUCUACAUGUCAAAACAACCUGUGCUCUUAACUAGAAACUGGCUGCUGCUCACUGUAUAUGAUGAUGUGAAGUUUGACCUGUAACCUUAUGUAAAGCUGCAGCUCGUUCUGUAUGUCUCUCUGUCUGGGUCUGUGUGACAUGGCUACUGUCAAUGUCUCUUUUAUGCAGCGCUGAAUCCGAUGUUGCCAUAGUCUCUACUACAGCACUUUGUCAGUCAAUGUCUCAAUGGGCUUUUAAUGAGAAUAUUGUGAGUAUUUUGGUAAAUAGUCUGUACAUUUUGUAAAUGAACUGAGAAAUAAAAGUAGUUUAUCCUCAUUC